GUUAUCAGGUUGUGAAGUGUGAACAACUAAAUUGUGUGUGAAUGUGUGAUCUUCACUAGCAUCUCCCCUUUCCAUAUUAUCACUGUGUUAUCUGAGCCUUCCCCCAGAACUCCACCAUCUCUCUCUGUGAUGAAUCUUGGCGAUUCUUGUUCUGUACAUUGGGAUUGGCGCAGAAAGAUAUGGCUUUGAGGGCUGUGCCAACCUGGUUAUGUUGUUCGAAUCAGCAACAUUCUUCUCUGUACCCCAGACCCAGCUUUCAAUUGUGUGCUUCUGAGUUCGGGUCUAGGAGUCCGCUGUCUGGAUUCUCGAAUUCGGGACUGGUUAGAAAAUGGGGUUGCUCCUCGGCUCUCUUGGUCCAGACGGCCGAGCAGAAGCCAUUGAUGCAUUCUGGUGUGAACGCUGGUGAAGAUGAGCCUCAUAUUACUAAAUCAAGUGGGUUUCACAGAGAUCUGCACUCUCUUCCAAAACCAUUGACAGCUGUUGAUCUUUAUUCUUAUCCUAAUGAUGCCUCAAAAGUUAGGGUUGCCUACCAGGGUAUUCCUGGCGCAUAUGGCGAGGCAGCUGCGCUUAAAGCAUACCCAAUGUGUGAGACUGUCCCAUGUGACCAAUACGAAGCUGCAUUUAAGGCUGUAGAACUUUGGUUAGUGGAAAAAGCAGUACUUCCCAUUGAGAACUCUGUUGGCGGUAGCAUUCACCGUAAUUAUGAUUUACUCCUUCGCCACAGGCUGCACAUAGUUGGUGAAGUUCAGUUGGCUGUUAACCACUGCCUUUUAGGUCUUCCUGGCGUUAGGAAGGAGGAACUAAAACGUGUUUUGAGUCAUCCCCAGGCACUGGAUCAAUGUGAGACGACUCUGAAUAAGUUGAGUGUUGUUAGAGCAAGUGUCAAUGAUAGUGCAGGUGCUGCCCAGAUGGUUGCAUCUGGAGGAAUGAGAGACACGGGAGCAAUAGCAAGUACUCGAGCUGCAAAAAUAUAUGGCCUUCAUAUCCUCGCUGAAUAUAUUCAGGAUUACUCGAGCAAUAUUACCCGUUAUUUGAUUCUUGCAAGAGAACCAAUAUUAUCAGGCACUGAGAGACAAUAUAAGACUAGCAUUGUUUUCGCCUUAGAAGAAGGACCUGGAGUUCUAUUCAAAGCUUUAGCAUGUUUUUCACUGAGAGACAUAAAUUUAUCAAAGAUUGAAAGCAGGCCGCAGAGGAAAAAUCCAUUAAGAGUAGUUGAUGCUUCAAAUAAAGGAAGUGCCAAAUACUUUGAUUACUUGUUUUACAUAGACUUUGAAGCAUCUAUGGCUGAACCACGUGCACAGAAUGCUUUGGGACAUUUACAGGAAAUUGCGAGAUUCAUUCGUGUCCUCGGAUGCUACCCGAUAGAUGCUCCAUGAACGGGCCGCUCAGUUCAAAGGGAUGAACCUAAAAGGCUGUUGAAUGGGAUAUGCAACCCCGCCUCCGGUGUUGAAGAAGUUUUCAACUCUUUUGUACAGACAUUCCAACCAGAAUCAGAAACUGCUGGGGGUUUUAUUUCUUUAUUGUACAGACAUUCCAACCCAUUUUGCUAUAUACACACUUAUAUAUACACACACAUACAUACUCGAAAUAUAUCUCUUUUUUAUUUAUGAUAUAACAGGGGCAGCUUUUGAAUGUAAUAUGUCUAUUUACAUUGGAAUUUUAGUCAUACUAAAAGUUUUCAAUUUUACUCGCAAAAGAUUUAGGCAAUUUACAAAAAACACAAAUACAUUGUAUCCAUUCGAAUUUU